AUUCUUGAGACGAUAUUUCUAAUUUCUUGUAGAAUCAAAACCUCUCCAAAACCUUCAAUUUUCAUUCAUAUCACUCUUUGUUAUCCUCUCAAAAAGAUUCAAACUUUCCAAUAAAAACCUGAAUCCAAACACACCCAUUCAAUAAUGGCUUCUCUCUUCCCAUCUCCACGACACAUUUCUUCCACAACACCCUUCAUCCCCAAACUCACCUCUUUCCCAAAAUCAAACAACCUCUUCAUCCUCAACUACCCCUUUCACCACAAAAAACUACUAUUUCCACCCCUCUUUUCCCCCAUUGCAGUCUACACUCAAGGACUCUACACCCCUUCUUCACCCUCCAAAAAAACAGACAAAAUUGAUCCUGAAAACGACCCAAUUUCGAUUCUCAACGAACGAAUUCGUCGUGAAUAUGGCAAAAGGGAAGUUUCAAGGACUGUAAUGGACACUGAGGAAGCUGAUAAGUACAUACAAAUGGUGAAGGAACAACAGCAGAGAGGGCUUCAGAAGCUUAAAGGUGAUAGAGAGGGUAAAGAUGGUUCCUUUAGCUAUAAGGUAGACCCUUAUACACUUCGUUCUGGUGAUUAUGUUGUUCACAAGAAAGUUGGUAUUGGAAGGUUUGUUGGUAUCAAAUUCGAUGUUUCGAUGAAAUCUGUUGAGCCUACUGAGUAUGUUUUUAUAGAGUAUGCUGAUGGAAUGGCUAAGCUUCCUGUUAAACAGGCUUCUAAAAUGCUCUAUAGAUAUAGUCUUCCAAAUGAAAACAAAAAGCCUAGGACAUUGAGCAAGUUGAAUGAUACUAGUGCGUGGGAGAAAAGAAAAACUAAAGGGAAAGUUGCCAUACAGAAGAUGGUUGUUGAUUUGAUGGAACUCUAUCUACAUAGGCUUAAACAAAGAAGGCCACCCUAUCCUAAGAGUCAUGCCGUGGCUGAAUUCGCCGCACAAUUUCUUUAUCAACCUACACCGGAUCAGAAACAGGCUUUUGUUGACGUUGAGAAGGAUUUGACAGAGCGAGAAACUCCGAUGGACAGAUUAAUUUGUGGAGAUGUUGGUUUUGGUAAAACUGAGGUUGCACUGCGUGCUAUCCAAUGUGUUGUCUCAGCUAAAAAGCAAGCGAUGGUUCUCGCACCAACUAUAGUUCUAGCAAAACAACAUUUUGAUGUUAUUUCAGAGCGCUUUUCUGUAUAUCCUGAUAUUAAAGUUGGACUACUAAGCAGGUUUCAGACCAGAUCAGAAAAGGAAGGGUACUUGGAAAUGAUUAAGAGUGGUGACCUAGAUAUUAUUGUUGGAACUCAUUCGCUCCUUGGAAACCGUGUUGUUUAUAACAAUCUUGGCUUGCUUGUGGUUGAUGAGGAACAGAGGUUUGGUGUCAAACAGAAGGAAAGGAUUGCUUCUUUUAAAACUUCUGUGGACGUACUUACCUUAUCCGCAACCCCCAUACCACGGACGCUUUAUUUAGCGUUGACAGGAUUUCGUGAUGCUAGUUUAAUUUCAACUCCACCUCCAGAAAGAGUUCCUAUCAAGACUCAGCUUUCUUCAUUCAGUAAGGACAGAGUAGUAUCAGCCAUUAAGUAUGAGCUGGAUCGCUGUGGUCAAGUUUUUUAUGUUCUGCCUCGUAUUAAAGGACUUGACGAAGCAAUGGAAUUUCUUCAAGAGUCAUUCCCCGAUGUGGAAAUAGCCGUUGCCCACGGGAAGCAAUACUCAAAGCAAUUAGAGGAUACCAUGGAGAAGUUUGCUCUAGGUGAAAUAAAAAUCCUUAUCAGCACAAAUAUUGUUGAAAGUGGGCUUGAUAUUCAAAAUGCAAACACCAUCAUCAUUCAGGAUGUUCAACAAUUUGGCCUUGCACAGUUGUACCAGUUGCGUGGAAGGGUUGGGCGAGCAGACAAGGAAGCAUAUGCAUACUUAUUUUAUCCUGAUAAGAAUCUGCUCUCUGAUCAAGCAUUGGAGAGGCUUGCAGCUCUUGAAGAAUGCCGUGAACUCGGUCAAGGCUUCCAACUAGCCGAGAGAGACAUGGGUAUAAGAGGUUUUGGUACUAUUUUUGGUGAACAACAAACAGGAGAUGUUGGAAAUGUUGGCAUUGAUCUGUUCUUUGAGAUGCUCUUUGAGAGUUUAUCCAAGGUUGAAGAUCAUCGAGUUGUAUCGGUUCCUUACCACUCAGUGCAGGUUGACUUAAAUAUCAAUCCACACCUCCCUUCCGAGUACAUAAAUCAUCUCGACAACCCUAUGGAAAUAAUAAAUGAAGCUGAGCGUGUCGCUGACAAAGACAUCUGGAGUCUAAUGCAAUUUACAGAGAAUUUGCGCCGCCAAUAUGGCAAGGAGCCUCGCCCGAUGGAGAUUAUCUUAAAGAAGCUUUACUUGAGGAGAAUGGCAGCUGAUAUAGGUGUAACCAGAAUAUACUCUUCAGGGAAGACAGUAUUUAUGAAAACAAACAUGAGUAAAAAGGUUUUCAAGAUGAUGACAGAGUCGAUGACAUCGGAUAUAUAUAAAAAUUCAUUACUUCUUGAGGGUGACCAAAUUAAGGCCGAACUUCUUUUAGAGCUACCAAAAGAACAACUUCUUAAUUGGAUCUUUAACUGCAUGGCUGAACUUCAUGCUUCACUAGCAGCCCUCAUAAAGUACUAGAUUCUUUGCCGGUUCGGUUCUACCAACAUGUAAGUUGGAACCUCGACUCGCAGCUUAUAUCACACAAAUUAUAAAUAUCGGGCAGAUUUACUAUGUCAAAAGGCCGCGAACUAACCAUGGCGGACGCAGAACAAGAUUUGUGUUGCAUGAUCGACUUUGCAGCACUGGACAUCAAAGCACAGAGCUACAUCAGUGUGGAUAGUUACAAGCUGCAAGCAAGCACCUCGGUGUUGUCCAAAUUUUGCAUGCAUUAUACACAGGACAUGGACAUGAAAAACAAGAAGGAAAACAGUUAUUGACAUGAUUAGCUUCAAUCUUGCACUCAUAAAACAACUUCACUUUCAAUAGCUACAUACAAGGACCUAAAGUUCUCAUCAAGUAAAAGUUGUAAAACUUAAUCAAAAUGUGCAUAAAUUACCUUGUAUACAUCAAGGAGUAAAUUAUUUUAUUACCACACACAUUCUUCUUCUCACUUUUUGUUGUAUUAAGGUUUCAUUAGUUACCUGAUCUAGAGAAAUUCAGUGUAAAGAUUUGGAAUCUCAUUCUAACUAAUACAUUGAUGAAUUAAAUGGUUGCAUUUUUGUUGGA